GGGGGGGAUUCCUCACCCGAGGGUAAUUCUCCCCAUGGCGAAGCUACUCGACUGCUCCCUUUUUUUUUCUCUCUCUUUCUUAGAGGCCGACGGAGAAGGGGCAAAUGCUCGUUGGCUGCCCAACGUAGGAGGAAUGACCGACGAAAAUGCUUCCCAAAAGAUGCUGCAAAAUGAAAGAGCGUUGACAUGUGCAUGUACCCGACGAAGUUAAAGCCCCCACCAGAGUGACAUCGCCUCUGUGCCGCUUAAAAGGGGGGCAUGUAGGAGUGGAAAGCCCCCCCAUUCCUGGUUAACACUACCAUCGAGAGUAACAACGUAUGAAAUAAAACCCAUUUGAAGAUUCCCCCAACGGUCUCCAAAUGGCACUCUCGAGGAGGACCCCCCUCUCAAAGACGGUGCUGUGCUACCUCCUCCUGAUGGCCCCCCUUUGCAGCAUCACCACCAAUGCGCUCUGUGACGGGUUCGUUUUAAAGCGCUCCCCCAAGUUGGAGGCAUUCCUGACUGGUAGGGACGGCGUAAAGAAGGGGCUCUCUGACGACCUACCCCGAAGGGGCAACCUCACAAAGAGGAGCAACGCGCAGGGGAAGAAUGGAAACGCGCUGCAUGCCCAUGGGAAGAAUCGCAACACACUGCAUGCCCAUGGGAAGAAUCGCAACACACUGCAUGCCCAUGGGAAGAAGGAAAAAAAAAAGGAGGCGUUACUCCACGUGCGUGAAGUUAUAAACAGGCAAAUGGUGGGCACUGGGAAUGAGGCAGACGAGCAUGGCGAUGAGGAGGAGGAGUACUCCGAGGGGGCAACACGCAGAGGCACCUCUACCCCCCGCGCAGGACAACAGAAAAACCACAGGGGAGGCAGCAUGACGAAGGGCGCACCGGGGGGGAAAAACAAAACGGCAGACCUGCACCUGCGCAGUAAUAUCAAAAUAAAGGGCAGCCUGAAGGAGGAGCAGCGGCAGGCCGACGGGGAUGAAGCGGUGGGAAGGGGCACAGAAGGGGAACUCCUCUCCAGUGAGGACCCCCUCACGGGAGAUGCCGCUUCAACGGGAGACGCACCCCCCGAUGAGCAGGACCAUGCGGACGAACCCGUCACGGAAGAAGACCUAGACAGCCUGAGCAAAACGUGCGCCGAGAAAAUGGAAAGCGUUUACAGCUACAUCAAGAAGGAGUCCUACCGAUUUAACCUGAACAGCAUAUCGAAUACCCUCUUUGAAAAUGAAAAGGUAAAAAUAAACGACCAGCUUAUGACCAUCAAACACAUGAGCCACAUCCGGAAGAAGGAAAAUUUAUUUAUCAUCACCCCCUACGACCCCUACUACGUUAACUUCAUAUAUAACCACUUCGUGAAGGAGUAUAAGGAGCUCAAAUUCUACGUCAAGGACAGGUCCCUUUAUGCAGUUGUCCCUCCCCUUUCAGAAAAUCUAAAGAACGAAAUUAAAAUAAAAAUUAAAGAAAAAGUGGAGGACUCCAAGGGGACGCUGCGAAAUGUGAGGAAGCAGAUGCUGGCCAAGCUGGAAAAGCUGCGCGGUCGAAUUGGGAAGGACAUUUACUUUUUCCAGAGGAACCACAUACAGAGUCUGCACGACCAGACGCGCAAGCGCAUUGAGGCCCUCCUCAGCGAGCUCCGCUGA